AAAAAAAUAUAAUUCAUGAAAAUAAAAUAUGAGACAUUUUGCAUUGAUUUGUCGAAAAAAAAAAAUCUUGUCUGCAAAACUUGUUUUCAAACAUGCAUAUCUAGGUAACGAUAUUAGGCGGGAAAUUAUAUUUGUUUAGUCCUCCAACUUCUCCCAUCACAGUGUCGACAUUCGCGAGACGGUGUGGACGCUUGGAAUUCAAGAGGUUCACAAGAUGUGGCGCCAUAAUCUAUUUUAUUAUGUUCUACACUUCUUGUUUGUAUUGCAAUGUGUGAGCACAGCCGAAGACCAGCCCGCGUGGCACUGGUCCUGCGAAGAUGGCAAAUGCGUCAAAUCCAAGCAUAACCCACUCAGCUCCGAGCCAGCACUUUCCCUCGAGGCCUGCAAAAUGUUCUGCAAUGAAUAUGGUCUACUGUGGCCAGCGCCAACAGGUGUAACAGAUUUGGGAAGAUUCCUGUCCAAAGUAAACAUUAACAACAUAGAAGUUCUAAAUCUUAAGCGAGGCAAAGCAGACGAUUUGGUGCAAGCUGCUGCCCAGAGAUUCAAAAGCUUGGUUGGUUUAGCGAUUCCAACAGGUCUGGUACCUAAAGCAUCUGGCAAAUCCGUCUACGUAUAUCUAGUCAACGAAGACCCUAAUGUUAAAGAAUUCUCCCCGACCGGCGUGGAUGAGAGCUACGGUCUCAGAGUAUCACCGGAGAGUAACGACAGAAUCAACGCUACUAUCUUCGCGAACAACUUCUUUGGCAUCCGAAAUGGUCUGGAGACGCUGUCGCAGCUCUUCGUGUUCGAUGAUAUCAAGAACCACUUACUGAUCACCAGAGAUGUGAUGAUCGACGACAAACCGGUGUACCCUUACAGAGGAAUCCUCCUGGACACCGCUAGAAACUACUAUUCCAUCAAUUCUAUUAUGGCAACGAUUGAUGCCAUGGCCUCAGUGAAGCUGAACACCUUCCACUGGCACAUCACGGACAGCCAGAGCUUCCCCUUCCAGUCUUCAAAGAGGCCCAACCUGACCAAAUACGGCGCUUACAAUCCUACCAAAAUCUACACAAAGGAAAACAUCCGUGACGUGGUGAAGUUCGCUCUAGAGAGGGGCAUCAGAGUGUUGCCAGAGUUCGAUGCGCCUGCGCAUGUGGGCGAAGGCUGGCAGGACACUGGACUAACCGUGUGCUUUAACGCUCAGCCAUGGCAGUCGUACUGCGUGGAGCCUCCGUGCGGUCAGCUUAACCCCGUGAGGGACGAGCUAUACGACUAUUUGGAGGACAUCUACUCAGAUAUGGCAGAGGUGUUCCCAACGGACAUAUUCCACAUGGGAGGAGAUGAGGUCAGCGAGAAGUGCUGGAACACCUCGUCUGAAAUCCAGCAGUUCAUGAAGCAGAACCGCUGGCAGCUGGACCAGCCCGGUUUCCUGGACCUGUGGAACUACUUCCAGACUAAAGCGCAGGCUCGAGUGUACAAGGCCUUCGGGAAAAAACUGCCUCUGAUUAUGUGGACCAGCACUCUCACCAACUAUGUGCACGCGGAUAAAUACCUCAACAAAGAUGACUAUAUCAUUCAGGUGUGGACGACGGGAGAAGACCCUCAGGUCAAGGGUUUGCUGGAGAAGGGCUACCGGCUCAUCAUGUCAAACUACGACGCUCUCUAUUUCGACUGCGGGUUCGGUGCUUGGGUCGGCAGUGGAAACAACUGGUGCUCGCCCUACAUCGGCUGGCAGAAGGUUUACGAAAAUAGCCCCAAAGUGAUGGCGCAGGAAUAUUACGAACAGAUCAUGGGUGGUGAAGCAGCCUUAUGGUCGGAACAAUCGGACUCAUCAGUACUGGACGGUCGGUUGUGGCCGCGCGCCGCCGCGCUCGCUGAGCGGCUGUGGGGCGAGCCGUCCACUGGCUGGCAGGACGCUGAGAGGCGCAUGCUUCACAUCAGGGAGCGUCUAGUUCGUAUGGGCAUCAAGGCUGAAUCAAUCGAGCCCGAAUGGUGCUACCAGAACGAGGGGAACUGCUACGCCUAACUCUCCAACUCUCAAACCUUCAGUGCCUUCUCACCAUUCUAGCCUUUAUUCGCAGUGCCAUUUAUUGUGCUUAGUAUGAGAGUUUACAUCUCGUUGAUAGAUUUCGAGCUUCAGUGUAAAAUAGACCUUAUCGUCAUUUUAACAUCUGUUAAAAAAGCGUCCAAAUACAACAAAUGUAUUCCCAAGUAUCUGUUCACACAAUAGAUUUGUUCUAUUUGGACGCUUUUUAACGGGUGUUAAAAAUGCUCUCGUGUAAAUAAGGCCU